CAAUCAAACAGAUAAAAAGGGGGUCUUUUUCACAAAAAAUUUGCAACAAACAGAAGCUCACACCUGAUUCGACCUCAAUUUCCAGCACCCAUCAACUGAAUCGCCCGCUAAAGACAAGAAACAGACAAAUCAACUCGGAUUGUAUCCUUAUCUAAUCACCCAAUUCCUCCAUUUGUUGGCCUUCUUCUUGAAGCUUUUUGUUUCCCUUUUCCUCUCCUUUUCCCCAUCAGUAACACAGAAAAUUAAUCCAUCUGUGCUCGAUAAAAGGCCACAACCAGCAGCAUAUAUAGCUUUGCAGAUUUUCAGGUUGAAAUCGGUGAUUGGUCAUCAUUCAAGACCUUCAGGUUUCAAGAUAAGAGAAUUAGUAAUCCAUCAGAACUGAUUGCUUCUGAGGAUGAAUAGUUUCAACUGCAAAGGAGGAUUUUAAGACUUGUUUAGCUGUUCAAGCAUCUCUUUAUUAAGGAUGUCCUUUAGUUUUAAGGCUAAGAAUUGUGGGAUGGCAGAAGAAAGAGAUCAAAGAUUAAAUUUCACCAAUGGAGAUGAAGCUGAACUAGCAUCUUUGUAUUCAUUGGAUUCUAGCCUCUGUUUGUACACACUUGAAUUUCCCUGUCAGAAUCUGUUUCAGACAGACGGCAAAUUCCAGCAUAUCUCUGUUCAUACUGUCACUCAGUCUUCUCCUUCUCCCAUACUCUCAUGUGUGGAGAAGCCACUUAAACAUGCUCAUGUUUUACCUAUACCAGUUGCUAAUUCAGAUACAAGUUCAUACAAUCAGCCAGCAGCAUCUAACGUCCUGCAAGAUAUACAUAUUUCAGCUCGGUUGAUGGACAAUUUUCUUGAACUUGCCAGAGAAAAUACAGAGAAGGAUCUUGAGACCUGUGGGGUUCUGGGUGCUUUCCUUUGUGAGGCUCUAAAAGAGGAAGAAUUUUUUACCAUACAGAAUGAACAAUCACUUGUUCCUGUGGGAUGGAUUCAUACACAUCCUUCUCAAAGUUGUUUCAUGUCAUCAAUAGAUCUACACACUCAAUACUCGUAUCAGGUAAUGGUACCAGAGGCGUUUGCCAUUGUCAUGGCUCCAACUGAUUCCUCAAGGAGCUAUGGAAUAUUCCGGCUAUCAGACCCAAGUGGAAUGAAUGUACUGAAGGAGUGUCAGGAGACAGGAUUUCAUCCUCACAGCGAACCUCCGAAUGGAAGCCCCAUUUAUGAGCAUUGCUCCAAUGUAUACACAAAUUCAAAUCUGAGGUUUGAAAUCUUCGACUUGCGCUGAUAUGUGCAGUUCGUUCAUCUUCAACUGCUUGUGUAAAUGGGAGGGCAUGAACAAAUGGGACAUGGCCUUCAUCACUGUAAAAAAUUUUGGCCAAGACAUUACAUAUCAUAAUGUCAAUACACAAGGACAAAACAUAAUGCUAAGUUGAUGCUUGUGUUGGUGUAAAUAACUGAGGUCCUUUCAAGCAAUAAUUUGGUAUCCAUCUUCAAUGGGUCAAAAUCUUCAUCUUUUUGACUUAGGGUUCAUCAUGUUUUUUUUAAAGAUUAAUGAAGACUAACUAGGUAUCUUUGUGUCA